CACGCACGCAACGACAACACACUAAUAGUGAUGAAUAUUAACAGUAUUCAAAUCAUUGCAUUUUUCUGUUUUAAAUGUUAACAUAAAUGACAUUAUAUAUAUUUUGAUUAUAUUAAACAAGUUAUAUAUUAAAUUAAUUAUUGAUAUAAACAUUCAAAUAAACCAUGCCUGUGUUUCAAGAAUCUUGCGCUGAGCAAAUUCAAGCACAAACUAUUAUUAUAAUUCAUCCUGGUUCAAUGUAUCUUCGUAUGGGUCGUGCUUCUGAUUUAAAUCCUUGUACUCUAUUAAAUGCAGUUGCUAGAAGACGAUUACCAGGUGGUGUUGAAUAUAAGGAUAGUUUUUUACCAGCUCUUGUUCCUCGAACAAAAGAAUUAACACAAACAAUGGAAGAAUCACGUCUUCACGUUUCUCAUACAUUGCAAUCUUGUUUACAAUCAGAUGGUAGAAGAAGAUAUGCUACACCACCCCAACAAAUAGCAGCUUUUAAUCGUAGAUCCAAUCCAGAAGUAUUAUCCCCAUCCAAAACUGAAUGGAUAAAGACGGAUAAGGAUAUCAUUGUGGGUGACGAUAUACUUUCUUUAAAUCCAGAUGAUCAUUUUAAUAUACAUUUUCCAUAUAAAAGAGGUGAACUUAAUGUUCAUUCUGGACCUGGUGGAAGUUUAAAAGCAGUUAUGGCUGAUCUAAAAACAAUCUGGGAAUACGUACUUACCGACAAAAUGAACAUACCAUUAAGAGAUUUAAAACAUUAUCGAGCAGUACUUGUAAUACCAGACAUUUACAAUAGACAAUAUUUAAGAGAAUUAACCACAUUGAUGCUUUGUGAAAUUGGUUUCGGAGCCUGCUUUCUUUUACAAGAUCACGUAGCAGCUACAUUUGGAGCAGGUCUAGGCUAUGCAUGUGUUGUAGAUGUCGGUGAUCAGAAAACAUCUGUCUCUUGCGUUGAAGAUGGAAUUUCUCAUAGACAUACACGUGUACGUAUGGAUUAUGGUGGUGGAGAUAUAACUCUUACAUUUCUUUGGUUGCUUCAAAAGUGCGCAUUCCCAUACAAGUCUUGCGAUCCAUUUGAUAAACUGGAUGCAUUACUUUUAAAUCAAUUGAAGAAAGAUUUUUGUCAUGUCGAUUUAAAUAUUUGCGGAUCUCAAGAAAAAACAUUCAUCGUCAGGAAACCUAAAAGGCAAACAGAGAAGUAUACCUUGCAAGUUGGAGAUGAAUGUUUGGUAGCACCUUUAAGUUUAUUUCAACCAGAAUUGUUUAAAGUUACUGGUACGCAUAAUGUACAUAUUCAGAGACGAUCUAUGGGUGAUCCGGAAGAUCCUCACGAUGAAAAUUACUUGCGAGAAACGAGUAGAAGAAGUAUGAAAGAAAAUUUAGAACAAGCAUUAGAAAUGCAAGAAGAAGUGGUUGCACCAGCCGCUGUAGGUGAAGAAGAAGUUAACGUAGAUGCCAUAGAUACUGCUCCAAUUGCUUUAUCAAAUCGAGAUGUCGAUGCAAGAGAUUUUUUAGUUGGUCCUCAACAACUUCUUGGACUCGAUCAUGCUAUAUUGCAAAGUAUUGAUCGUUGUCCUUCGGAAGAUUUAAAAAGAAAAAUGUCUAGUUGCAUUCUUGUUGUUGGAUCUGGAAUGAAAUUUCAAGGAAUUGGAAUGUGGCUUCACAAUCGUAUAUCGCUUCAAAUUCCUUAUAUGUACAGAACUGAAACAUUAGAUAUCAUUACACAACCAAAAGAAAUGGAUCCAGGAAUAACCACAUGGAAAGGUGCUGCAAUUUUAAGUUGUCUGGAAUCUGCAUUAGAAUUAUGGAUUGGCAGACAAGAAUGGGAACGUUUUGGAGUAAGAAUACUAAGAGAAAGAGCUCCUUUUCUAUGGUAGAUUAAUGGUAAUUUCAUUUGUAAUUAUAUUUAAAUGUUUUUUUUUU